GCAAAAGCACUGCUUCCGGACUUGCUGCUGAGCUACGUAAUGUAGGUCAUCAAGCGACCGUACAAAAAGAUUGAGUUAUUUUCCUACUGAUGAGAAGACAUAGCACGGAAUUUGAAGAAGUUCCUACUGAAAAGGGGAUCAUAAAUUGACUCUUAACAAUGGGAUUUUCUUUCCUUGUCGCCUCAGUACUUCUGUUUCCAUGCUUCAGUCUGACGGGAACUGUUCCAGUGGGUGAGAUCCAAACUCCAGAGUUUGCCUUGGAGCAGAAAGCGUCUGUUACCAAAUUUACUGAAUUCCACAUAUUAGAAGGAGGUUCCGAAUUUGAUGAAAGCAUUGACAUCGACGAAAAGAAAGAAAUUGAACAUUUUAAAGUUCCUUCUCACAAUGGUUUGUCAGAGAGCGAUUAUCUGUACGACUUCAAAAUGAAUAUUACAGUCCGUCGUGUGAAAAAAGAUGGUUUUUGUUACAUCACUCCUCUGCCGCCAGCCCUACCAAGACCAAACGAGUUAUCUAAAAAACUCAACCCGUUGUCUGGCAGUUCAGCGACUCACAAGAUUGAAAAGACCAUCCAGCAAUGGAGAGUUGGUGCUCGAGUUAACCAAAGUGCUUUAAGGCAGGCAGUUCGUGAUUUCUGUGGCCAGUUCCCAAUCUAUCGCCUAGAGCCAUUUACUGCUGAUUCAAUCUCUGUGAUGGCUGAAGAUCACCAAUAUACGCGCACUGAUAGAAAAAGGCGUGACAUAUCGAAUUGGCCACUAUGCAAUAGACCAUUCCCCACUAACUGUCAUCCUAAUACAUGGUUGUUCACUUGCAAGAUUCGAAGCAAAAGCUGUGUAUAUUACGUAACAUGCGAAAUCAAUGUUCACAAAAACGUUCUUCAAUGCAGAGACCUUAAUAAGCAUCUUUGUAACACCAGUAUCUUAUGCUGCUCUCCUAAGUGUCCAUAGUGAAGUAUUUUUUGUACUGUUCUUGUAAAAGACUAAUGUGGCUGCAGCAAAAACAAAACCUGGAACAGAUGAAAAUGUGUAAUUUGAUCAUCUUUUUGAACAAGGCAAUAUUAUAUGAAUAAAAAUUACCAACACUCAGGGUCUUAAAAUAA